UCUGAUAGUUCAUUUUUUCGUGACAUGAGUUGUCAAAGUAGUGGUUUUAUCACCUGAUAUAGAUGUGCUUCAAAUAAAUGUGAUGAUUAGGUUCUCAAAAAUGAAAAAAUACAAAACAAGGUAGUCCACCGGGUCUUAUAUGAGUAACAUGACGCCAGCUGUUGAGCAGUGGUCCUUAUAUUCCGCUGCUCAAAACCUCCCGGCCGUUCUAAACGACCCAAAUCGUGGCAAGCAAUCCAAUUUUUUCGUGAAAACAUGGGGUGAUACAUUUGUUGAGAAGGGUCAAAUCGAGAAAAGUCCCUUCCUUCCUGAAAUAACCUACUCGCACUUUGAUGGCUACAUUCGGAAAAUCGGUAAAAGGUACAAGCGGCAUAUACGGCUCUCUCAGAGCAAACUAGAAACGAAUAAUGUGAAAACUCGAACGAAGACGGAUCUGAUCAAUGGCGAAGUUAGUAUCGAAUCAAUCCCUGCGAUUUUCCUGCGGCAGAAUUUUCCUUUAAAUGACCCUUCAGUGUUUGUGCAAGUUUUCCGCGGAAACGACCGGAAUCAAGACCAUGUCUUGCAAGAGGAGUUGAGUCAUUACUUGGACAUCGUUGAGGUGCAAAUCGCCAAGCAGGUGUCGCAGAAAUCCGGCGCUUUUUUCCACGCUAUGACCUCCCACGACACGAUUAUGGAACAGAUGGGUGUUGCCCACACCGAGGUCAAAACAUUGCGUUCUAAAGUACAAAAAGUCGAUAAAACGCUCGCCAAAGACUCCCUCAAACUGGUGGGGCUCGCCAGAGCCAAGUCCAACCACGUCAAACUUGUGGACAAACUCAAACUAAUGGCGACUGUCUUGCAAACCCAACCCACCCUCCAACUCCUCCUCAGUUCUUCAGAUUACGUCGCAGCCCUCGAACUCAUCUSUAGCACCCAAGAAGUGUUGUCAAAGGAACUGGCAGGGGUCACAAGUUUGAGACACUUACCGUCGCAACUUAAAGAAAUGUCGAAAUUGAUUGAUAAAAUGUUGAGCACUGAGUUUGAGCGGUACGCCGCCGCUGAUUUACAUCGGCCUUUGGAAGCAGAAGGUGGGGUUUUGGAGCAGGAGAGGUUGGUUAGUUUGGUUGCGGGGUUGUUGAGACAAAACAAUUUACAAUUUUUGGAGACGUAUAAACAGGAGGCUGUCACCGCUGCGCAGACUUUACUCAAACAGUUGUUAAUUGAAGAGUUGGCGGAUGUUGAGGAUGAUAUGGAGAUGACGGGGUCGGGGGAGGUGGCCCCCAGCAUGGACGCGGCUCAUUGGUUGAGGGUGCUGACGCUUGCAAGUGGAGCUCUUGGCAAGCUCGUCCAGAGGGUGAAAUCUGUUCAUAACGUGAUCAAAGAAACAGCAGACACGAGCGCCGGUCUGAAAUCAGCGCCCUCUCUCCGCGACUCUGAAAGUUUCCUAAGUCUCGAAGACCACAACCGCGUCGAAAUCAAACUAAAAGACUUAUUAAUUUCAAUCUGUGAUUAUUGCCAUGAACGAUUAGCUUCAUUAGUCAGCACUCAAUCCGAUAAGCAAACCAUAACGYCAAUUCAGGUCACUGAAUUAUCGACAAUUGUCGAUAACUUCACUGAACUUUGUGAGAAAGUGUGUGGGCGGCAAAGUGCCGCUUUGAGGGCGGCAUUCAAGAUCCAAGCAGGAAAUUACGUUCAUAAAUUCCACAGCCAACGCAAAAACAAACUCACGAUGCUUCUAGACGCGGAACGGUGGAAAGUCGCUGAAGUGCCUCAAGAAAUACAAAUGCUAGUCGACAAGUUAGCUUUAGGGAAUGUGAUCAAGUCGUUGCCGAGUUCGCCGACUGGGGAAAACAACGAAAAGAAAUUACAGAAACCUGCACCGGCUUUGAAAAUCGGCUCGCAGGAUUAUACAACAGUGGGGACGGUCUUAAUCCUCAUACAACUAGUUUGUGAAUAUUGUGUUUGUGCGUAUAAUUUGCAAUUGCUAGCCCCCAUAAUCGGGCGAAAUCUGACUGAGUUAUUACGAACGUUCAAUUCGCGGAGUUGUCAAUUGGUACUGGGUGCAGGUGCGUUGAAGACAGCAGGGCUGAAGACGAUAACGACGACGAAUUUAGCGUUGACGUCGAGGUCAUUGCAGAUGGUUUUAUGGCUGAUUCCGCACAUUCGGGCGCAUUUUAAUGCAUUGACGAGUGACCCUUUGGGCGSAUUUGAUGCGGUGGAGAGGGAUAUUGGACAUCAUAUUCAACAGCUCGAAACCAAAGUUUUAUCGAUUAUGAAUAGUCUGUUGGGGGAUCAGUUGAAUGAAUGGGAUGCCAAGCCGCCUGUUCCGUCAAAAGCUUUCAGAAAUGUUUCAAGGCAUCUUACGAAGUUGCACGAAGCGGUUAGUCCAGUCUUGCCAGAGGAGCAGAUCACCGACAUUUACGAAAUAAUCCACAAAAACUUCAAAUCGCGCCUCCGAGAGCAGCUCCUAAAGAUGAACAUCCAAAACAACGGCGGCCCCCAGCACGGCUUAGUCACAACCGAAAUAUUUUUUUACAUAGAUACAAUGAAGACUUUAAAAGUUUUGCCAGAUAAGUAUUUGUCAGAUAAAGCCAUGGAUGAUAUUUGGAUGAGGUAAUAAAUAUUCUAAAAAAUGUUUUAUUUAUUAAGCUUGUAAAGUGUGUAUGCUACGUAUGCCGGGAUUUUGUUGUUGUUUUUGAUUAAAAGACUAAAUAAAUUUUUUAAAACAG